AUGGCUUUUAUUAAGGAACAUGAAGAAGAACUGAAAAUUGUUGGAGUAUUUAGCAGUAACCGUUAUUUUCAUGUUACUAAACAAUCUUCAUCCCAUGCUAAUCGCAUCUUCAUGCCUGCAGAGGACUUUAUCAGAGAAGUAAAGCCUAAAUCCAAGAAUAAUAUUAGUUUAAGUGAAAGCCCAGCAAUUACGGAGAAAAAUGUUGAUGACAUUUUAUUCGACAUGUUUAAAGAUCAUGAUGAGAAAGUUGCCGUUGGAAAAUUUCUUGCUGCUUUGUCUGCCACUGGAUUACGGAAAAGUGAUCCUCGCUUGAAAGAAAUGAUUACAAAAUUAAGAACAAUACAUAAAGAGAAACAAGACAUGGGAUCUCCUGAUGCAAUAAGUUUGGAUAGAGAAAAUUUUAAGAAAGUUAUAAAGGAAAAUAUUGUUCUCAUAAGCAGAGCUUUUCGUAACCAUUUUGUUAUUCAAGAUUUUCAAGACUUUGUAAAAUGUGUGGAAGAUUUUUACUGGAAAUGUAAAGUGAACACAGGUGGCAAAGUUGCUUCUUAUAUUCCUCAAUUAGCAAAGUACAAUCCAGAUUACUGGGGUGUCAGUAUAUGCACUGUUGAUGGUCAAAGAUGUGCAAUUGGUGACACUGAAAUUCCAUUUACUAUCCAGUCGUCCGGUAAACCCAUGAAUUAUGCAAUUGCUUUAACCGAGCUUGGAUCAGAUAUUGUUCAUCAGUAUGUUGGUCAAGAACCUAGUGGUAGAAUGUUCAAUGAACUUGUUUUAGAUUAUAAUAAGAAGCCACAUAAUCCAAUGGUGAAUGCAGGAGCAAUUGUUAUUUGUUCUCUUCUUUUAUACAUUGUUGAGCCAGACAUGAGAGUAUCUGAAAAAUUUGACUGGAUCUGUCAAUAUUACAAAGCUUUGGCAGGAGGAGAAUAUCUUGGUUUCAACAAUGCUACCUUCUUGUCUGAAAGAGAAGCUGCUGAUAGAAACUAUGCAAUUGGAUUUUACAUGAAAGAAAAUAAAUGCUAUCCUGAGAAAGCUAAUUUGAAGGAUAUAAUGGAUUUUUAUUUUCAGCCCUGGUACGGAGGCUUGUCUGCUCAAGAGGAAAUUCAAACAACAAACAUAUUGCUGACCUGCAACAAUAGUGGCAUAUUAAAAUGCCUGGUAACACAAGGCUCCCAACAGUUUGACAAACUUCCAAAGCCGCCGCCUACCAUUUACCGCCUGUUUUUAGUUAUUGUAAUCGGCACCUGUAUCACAAUGACAGUGUAUCAGGUAAAGUGCCGUUAUGGGAACCUGGGAACCAUCAACAGGGAGUUAGUGACUACAUCACAGAAUAAGAGAUCAUCAAGUGACAGAACAGCAGGGAAUCAUCCCUGUGGGACUACUUAG